AAAUAUAAUAAAUAUAUGUUUUCUCCUCCUUUAGCUCAGCCUAACCAUGACCCAAACACUCAUCAUUGCUUAUGUGGAGCAGAUGCUGAUCUCAUUAUGCUCGGCCUUGCUACAUAUGAACCCAACUUUACCAUUAUUAGAGAAGAAUUCAAACCAAACAAACCCAAGCCAUGUGCUCUUUGUAAUCAGUUUGGACAUGAAGUUAAGGACUGUGAAGGUUUGCCAAGAGAAAAGAAGGGAAAGCACGAUGAACUUGCAGAUAGUCUUCCUUGUGCAGAAGGAGAGUUUAUCUUCCUUCGUCUUACUGUUCUUCGUGAGUAUUUGGAAAGAGAGCUCACCAUGGCCAGCCUACCGUUCACAUUUGAUGUCGAGAGGAGCACUGAUGACUGGGUCUUCAUGUGCUUCUUUGUGGGAAAUGACUUCCUUCCUCACCUGCCGUCGUUAGAGAUUCGGGAAGGUGCAAUUGACCGUUUGGUUAACAUAUACAAAAAUGUGGUUCACAAAACUGGGGGUUACCUUACAGAAAGUGGUUAUGUCAGUCUGCAAAGAGUACAGAUGAUCAUGUUAGCAGUUGGUGAAGUUGAGGAUAGCAUUUUUAAAAAGAGAAAGGAUGAUGAGGACAGUUUUAGAAGACGACAGAAAGAAAAGAGAAAGAGAAUGAAGAGAGAUCAACCAGCUUUCACUCCUGGUGGAAUAUUAACCCCUCAUGCCUCGGGUUCAAGAAAUUCACCAGGUUCUCAAGUAGCCAGUAAUCCGAGACAAGCAGCCUAUGAAAUGAGGAUGCAGAAUAAUUCUAGUCCUUCACUAUCUCGUAAUACGAGUUUCACGUCUGAUGGCCCGUCUCCGAUAGGAGGAAUUAAGCGAAAAGCAGAAGACAGUGACAGUGAACCUGAACCAGAGGAUAACGUCAGGCUUUGGGAAGCUGGUUGGAAGCAGCGGUACUGCAAGAACAAAUUUGACGUUGAUGCAGCUAAUGACAAAUUCUGUCGUAAAGUUGUACAGUCUUACGUUGAAGGGCUCUGCUGGGUUCUUUGAUAUUAUUACCAGGGCUGUGCUUCCUGGAAGUGGUAUUAUCCAUUUCAUUGUGCACCAUUUGCUGCAGACUUUGAAGGUAUUGCAGACAUGCCUUCUGAUUUUGAGAAGGGUACUAAACCGUUUAAACCACUGGAACAACUUAUGGGAGUUUUUCCAGCUGCAAGUGGUAACUUCCUGCCUCCAUCGUGGCGGAAGCUCAUGAGUGAUCCUGAUUCUAGUAUAAUUGACUUCUACCCUGAAGAUUUUGCUGUUGAUUUAAAUGGGAAGAAAUAUGCCUGGCAAGGUGUUGCUCUGUUGCCGUUCGUGGAUGAGCGAAGGCUGCGAGCUGCCCUAGAAGAGGUAUACCCAGACCUCACUCCAGAAGAGACUAGAAGAAAUAGUCUUGGAGGCGAUGUCUUAUUUGUGGGGAAACAUCACCCACUGCACGACUUCGUUUUAGAGCUGUAUCAGACAGGUUCCACAGAGAUAUGGUCUUUUUUGCCAUCAUGA